AAAGAUGGCCAAAGUCCCUGACCCAUUUGAACACCUGAAGAACUGUUACAGUAAAAAUGAAGAAUGCAGAUGUGGAAUUGACCAGCUCUCUCUGAAUCAGAAAUCCUUCUAUCAUGAAAGAUAUGACAAGCUUCAUGAGGACUACAGGGAUAAGUUUAUGUACCUGAAUACCUCCGAAACCUCUAUGUCACCCAAGCUUGCCUUCAAGGAGAAUGUGGUGGUAUUUAAAACCAACGGGAAGAUUCUAAAGAAGAGAAGGUUGAGUUUAAAUCAGUUCAUCACUGAUGGUGACCUGGAAGCCAUUACAAAGGAUACAGAAGAACUCAUCCAGCCCAGAUCGGUAUCUUACAACUUCCAGAGCAGUGCAGACUUCACCUUUAGGAGGACAAUCAAACAAAGGUGCAUCCUGAACGAUGCCCUCAACGAAAGCAUAAUUCGAGCCACUCCGGGUCAGAAGUACCUCAAGACAGCUCCACUGCAGAACCUGGAUAAUGCAGUGAAAUUUGACAUAGAUGCUUACAUAUCAAGAGAGGAUUCUCAAUUUCCUGUGGCUCUAAGAAUCUCAGAGACUCAGCUGUUUGUGAGUGCCCAAAGUGAAGGUCAACCCAUAUUGCUGAAGGAGAUGUCUGCGAGACCCAAAAUUAUCAAAGGACAGACAGAUGAGACCAGCCUCCUUUUCUUCUGGGAAACUCACGGCACAAAGAACUACUUCAAGUCAGUGGCCAAUCCAACAUUGUAUCUUGCCACAAAGCAAGAUGAGUUGGUGCACCUGGCACGUGGUCAACCCUCUGAUACUGAUUUUCUGAUAUUAGAAGCCCAGUCUUAACUG